AUGGAGGACACCAUCAUGGAUGACAGAGACCGCGACAGACUUAGCAAGAGUGUCUUGAAUGUCAAUCAUCAGACUUUAAAUGUUAUUGUCAACCAGAAAAAUAUCUUCAGUAGAGAAGUCAUAGAUAUAUCUUCCGAUGAUGAAUCUUCAGAGGACGACGAGGCUGAUGCUGAGGCCAACGUGAAUCCACCACGCGCCAAUAUCACAAAGCAAACCAGCAAACCAGAUUACAUAGCACUGAUUAAGAAUUUACUAAAUAACAAUCGUAGUCAAGAUCGAGUUCAAGGCGGAAAAAUCAAGAAACGCAGACAUCGAACUGCAAGAGAAAAUGCAGGACAAAAUGCAGGAGGCAAACAUCAAACUAUUGGUGAAAGAAUUGCCAGUCGUCGACAUCCACUCCAACCCCCAGAAGAAUAUCGACAACAACAACAGCAGCAGCAGCAGCGACAACAACAACAACAACAGCAACAACAACCUCGUGUUCCAGUUGUACAAGAUAGAGCAGCGCGAUCAGGUCGAGGACAGAUUCCACAAUUUGAGUCGCCUAGAUUAGUGGAUGGCAUAUACACAGUAAAGAGUCUAGCAAUGAAAGUUAUGCCUAAGCCUCAUUGUCCUAGCGGAUACCCCAAACAACAUCCUAAUCUCCCUUGUUUACCAUUUGUUCUCCAGAUUACGAUUAUUCGAUCUCUCCAAACCGCCUUGGAGUCCAUAUGCUAUCGAUUUGUCGAAAAAUGGCUACCUAAAAUACUGGUGGCAAACGGAUGGGAUUGUCCUGAUGCCAUCGAAUUGAACUUAUGGUGGAACGCAAUUGACGCCUGUCAGAUACCCGUUGAAGCCAUCAAUCUCCCAGAGGACCGUACUCUUGCACAAAUCUUUAAUCGUGUGAAACAUAUUCGCCAUCAUGCAGUCCAUAGGCUCCCUGAUAUAUCAAUUGCUAUAAUUCAGGAGAUGAUCAAAGAUGCUCUUGACAUAUCAAAGGUAUUUCGCGACGAUUCUUUCGUUCCGAAGCUUCGUCUCUGGAGAGAGAAGCUCGAAUACUUCUUGCAGAUUAUGGUGGCCUCACGCGGUGAUUUUGUUACAGCCCGUAAGCUUGACUACAUGAAACGUUUGAAACAUGACAAUUUGAGUAGUAGGAAUAAACUUCUUCAAGAUAUCGAGGCCCUUCGAAGAGAAGUUCUGGCAAAGGAACAGCAGGUAAAUACUUUGCAGGAUGAAUAUAGUGAUCAUUGUAUGAAUGAAAACGAACUGAUCGACAACCUUCGCAAUGGCAGACCUAAUGUUCAAGAGGCUGGACAAUAUCCACAGUUACUCGGAACGUUCAAAUGGCUUGAAGAGUGUUUCACGUUGAACCUUGAUAGAGAUGCGCCGAAUGUGAGGCCGGAGCAAAACAUAUCAGGUCAGGUCAUUCAGUUUCAAACGGUCGGCAUGAGGCGUGCAGCUCCUAUCGGUGGUAUGGUUGGGAUGGCUAGUGGAGCAAACAUAGGUGGAGGAGGUAACAUCGGCGACGGAAAUAGAAUGAAUGGCGGCAGUAGGGUCGAUGCGAAUGUCAACCUUACGACUGGUCGGCAUGGUGUUUGGAUCAAUCCUGAUAUGACUUCAAUACCUGGUAUCAAUGUCAAGCCUAUAUCCGGUGGAGGAGCCAAUAUCGGCAAUGGAACUAGUGUGGAUGGCAGCAGUAGGGUCGAUACGAAUGUCAACCUUACGACUGGUAGAAAUGGUGUUUGGAUUAAUCCUGAUAUGGCUUCAAUACCUGGUCUCAAUAUCAUUCCUAGAUCUGGUGGAUUUAGAUCAGGCGGUACGGCUGAUAUGAUUGCGGGACCUCAUAACAGUGUUAAAGAUGCUGUUGAUGACUCAGACUAUGUCCCUCGACAGCCCCAUGUUGGUCAAAGAGCUGUCAGCGGACCUGUCCUUCGAUCGCGUAACAGACAACCAUUCCCCGCCAAAGCGGUCAUCGUCGAUCUUACUGAAGAUGAUGAUGUCGAUUCAAUGGGUUAA